ACUAAAGUGUAAAAGACUUGAAAAUGAGAUGAUGAGCGACAGAGAGUGUAGACCUUCUCUAAUGUGCAUCUUCUUCUAAGUUCUCAAUUAGAGGGGGAUUACCAAAAUUUUCACAAAUUCGAAACCAAAAAAAAUGGCGGCCACUGAUGAAGUCCGUCUUCUUUCUCUCAUCGAAUCCUCCCACGCCGGCGAUGUCUUCUCCUCCUUCUCCGAUUACCUUCGACCUUUCUCUGCUCUAUCAUCGACUUCCCGGAAACAAGACCGAACAGUUACGGUUCGAUCCCUCGGCAAGCAAUUCCUUCCUUUCCUCAACAAAUCGAUCUCGCUCUUCCCCAAACGGCUCUCCGUCGCCGCGAAUCCCGACAAGGAAGCUCGUGAAUCGGCCGGAGAUCUGUUCAGGGCGUACGAACUCUGCUUGGAUUGCCUUGAAUCGUUCUCCGCUCAGUUAGCCUGCAAGCCCCAUACAGUUCAGCUUCAGAGGCUGCGAAUGAUUUACUGUCUCGAUGCUUGGGGGUUUUAUGAGCGUGUUAGUGCCCAAGCGUUCAAGGUUCUGGAGAGGCUAAGAGGCUCCGGUAUUAGCUCCCGGAAGUGCCGGUUGUUGCCGGAGGUUCAGGACGGAGAGGCGGAGCUUGCGAUGGUUAUAGUAGAGGCUGUGGCGGCUGUCUUCAAGGCUAUUGGAAUGGCCCUUCAAACAGAUGAUAAGCCGUACAGAACAGCCCUUCUCUUGCUCGAGGAGGUCAGAGCUUGGUUCAGGGUCUUAGAUGCCAAGGCGUAUGAGAAAUUGCACAGAGUGCUCGUGACAAAUCUGGGUAAAUGUGCUCUUUCUCUGGUUAAAGAGGCUGAGCGUUUUGAUGGGGAUUUCGUGCGUUCUUUCUGUGAUUCAACUGUGAAGGAACACUAUAAAUUUGCAUUGUCAAAAGAUCGAAUUUAUAAGUUUGCUCGUGAGGUGCUUUCUGUUCUGUUCGGAUUGAAGGAUAGAAGAAUGUCAGUGACCAUUGACAUUUCAAUGUCUUUGUUGCGCAGCUUAACUUGCCAAUUCGUGGCUGAUACUAAUGAGGAUUUAAUGGAGUUUGUUGACCUAGUCUCUUAUUGCGCUCACAAAGUUCGAGCAGCCGGAGACAUGUACUGUGGAAAAGUUUCAAAAUAUUUAAAUGAGAUGGCAGCUAACUUCUCCGAGGCAAUACCACAACUUAAUCAGAUUCUUAGACUUUAUUCGUCCGGGCUGUCCAUCACGGUUUACGAUUCCACGUUUGGAGAAAGUAAGGUUAAAGAUGCAACAGAUGAUUGGAAGAUUCAAGCUUUGCUUGAUGAUGAGGCUAGGUGGCAAAGCUUAGUUUCUUUACUCGCCAUGGUUGAUAGUUACUCAGGUGCUGUACGCAAUCAGACUGAUGGAUCAUUGAUUGGUGGACAUAAGAACUACAACAAUAAAACGAAUGAUAGCUGUAAAAACAGAAACAAGAAGACUUGUUGGCCACAGUAUGUAGAUGCCUUGAGUUUCUUGUGCCAACCGCUUGCGGACUUGAUAAAUUCAGUGAAAAGAAAGAUUGUUUUGAAGUCAGAAAUGCCCUGCGCUUCGGCUCACCUGUCUACUAUUCAUGAUGUUUUUCUCCAAUAUUGUGAUGGUUGUCUCUUCCUUCAGAGAUGCCCGUCUGACACGGGAGGUAGAGCAACUUACAAUAACAAAGCUUUGUUAAACGUGGCUAUGGCUGCUUUCAUUAUCUCACUGAGAACCCAGCUUAAAUUGGAGAUCAGUGCACAUCUAGUUGAGGAUGUAAUUACCAGUCCAUGGAUCCGAUCUCAAGAACUCAAGUAUCUAUUAGCCUCGCUAUACAAUAUUGGUGUCGUUUUGUACAGAAAUAAGGAACUAGAAAAGGCUUGUGAGGCGCUCAGGCUUUGUUCCAAGGCAUCAUGGAGAUGUGUUGAACUACAUUGCCAGAUGUUUGAAAAUCAAUCUAGUUCAUCUGAUAAUGACCUGUCAGAAGAUGCCAUUAUGGAAUUUGUGGGCGAAUCAUGUAAUAGGUGUGCAUUCUACCUGGAUAUACUCCAGCAAUGUAGCAGUUGUAAGAUUAGACAGACUAUCGUACAUAGUCUUGAAAAUUGGUUGUCAGCUGAACAUCUGAUUAGAAGGUUACCAGGCCCUGCGGCGAUUGUAAAACAGUGGGUUAAGAUAGAACGGGGAUGUCACACAGAUCUAGAUGCGGCUGAUUCUUGUACAACUUUGUACUCAUUGCUAUCAUCUUCUAAAAAAAAGUCAAAGCGGGCUAUCGGAAAAAUCCUACAGCAGGAGCUUCUGGCCUAUGAUGAAAUGUUCCCUUUAAGCUCAAAUCUAGGUCAACAAACGCGAAUUGAAAUAGCUGAUAUCCUUUUGAAGGAUGUAUAUGUCACAGAGGAUAUGCAUUUAGAAAGAGCAAGAAUCUUAAUAUGGAAAGCAAGAAUGACAAGGACAUUUGGAACUGAACGUCUAACUGACUGCAUUGAUUUUCUGUCAGAAGCAAUCUCUAUAUUGAGUGAGGUACAUCAUAGGCCAAAUAAAGAGGGUGCUCCAUCUUCCCACCAGCUACCUAUUGCGUAUUGCUUGAGAGCCUUUUGUAUCCAGGAAGCUGAACCAAACUCGAAGAAAGUCCUUGAAGAUAUUAGCACUUCGCUAAAUCUCUGGCUGGAGAUUUCUUGCCUAGAUGAUAGUGGGGCCAGUCUACCGACAGUGGACAUAAUUCCAUUACUUUAUAAUAUGAUCGAUUUGAUGUCAGUGAAGGGAUGUACGGAGCUCCAUCAUCAUAUAUACCAGCUGAUUUUCAGAUUAUUUAAACAGAAGAAUGUGAAAUUGGAGGUCUGCCUUGCAAUGCUGUGGGAAUGUAGAAGGCUCAGUCAUGCCUUAUGUCCGUCCCCCAUAAGUGAUGUCUUUAUCCUGGCCUUAUCAGAGAAUUGUGGUGACAGAUCUACGUGCAUUGAUUUCUGGAUAGAUUGCCUGAAAGAUUCAAAAGCAAAGCUAAUUGGGUUCCAGCAGAAUUUCCAUGAUUUACACGAUUUCUUGCGUACCUCCAAUAAGGUUAAAAGUCCCUUUCAAUCAGACAUCACAAUAGAUGGUAUCACAGAUGCAGCUUCGGAACUCAUUUCAAGUGCAUCACUCUCAGGUCCUUCAUCUUUUUUUGCUGCAUAUCUCUAUUAUGAUCUCUGUGAACGGCUCAUAUCAUUUGGAAAGCUUUCUGAGGCUCUUUCAUAUGCAAAAGAAGCCUAUAGAAUACGAACUCUUAUAUUUCAAGAGAAAUUUAAGUAUACAGCUGAGAAGCAGUUCGAAAAACACAAUGACGCCGGGAAAAUAUCAGAGAUACGGACUUUUAGCAUAACGAAUUUCCAAGUGUUCAAAUCAGUAGCAACUGAUUUUUGGCCAUGUGGAAAUUUUCUCUGGGACAUCAAUCGCUCUUACUUAAGUCGUUGGAAUGUACUCCAGUGUUAUUUGGAAAGCACCCUUCAGGUUGGAAUUGUUAAUGAGCUGAUAGGGAAUGGAGGGGAGGCAGAAACCCUUCUUUCAUGGGGGAAAGCAAUUUCAUGCUCGCAAAGUCUAUUCCCUUUUGUAGUUGCAUUUUCUUCUGCCUUGGGAAAUCUUUACCACAAAAAGCAGAGUCUGGAUCUGGCAGAAAAGGAACUCCAAAAUGCAAAAGAGAUAAUAAUUGCUAAUCAGAGAGAAUUUUCUUGUGUGAAGUGCAAACUGAGGUUAGAGGUUACAUUGGAUAAGCAACUUGGAGACAUAUCUCGCAAACAAAUUGUUAAUGCUGCUAGAGUUUCCGAGACAGAUGGAUUCUUGCAUGCUGAGAGUCUGUUUAGUGCUGCCCUUGGAAAAAUCUGUUGCUCAGCAUGGCAGAGCUGCCUAAGAUCUCAUGGAGUAGAAAUUUCUGAGGGAAUAGCGAUUGCUAAAAAUGGAGGGGAGUUUUUAGGAUCUAAAUCAAGUAAAACAAAACUCAAUAAGAAGCCAACUGAAGGCAAAGACACCAGGAGGGGUCGGAGAGCUAAAAGUUCCCAAACUGGCGUGUCAAAGGACCAUGAUUUGAUAUAUGAGCCAACAUCAAGGUUGACUCGAUCAAUGCGUCAGUCACUAAAAGAGCAAUGCCAAAAUUGUACUAAUGCGCCUGAAGCUGUUUUAAAGAAGCCUAGCUUCUGUCAUAUAUCUGAUGGUUCUGGGGGUGAAAGGGUGUUGUUGGAAACAAAAAACGCAGUCCAUGGCUUUUGCAUUUGCUACAAAGGAAAAUGUAUGCAGUGCCUCUCUGUAGAAGUAACCGAAUCUGGGUCUCUAAACAGUUUAGUAAGUUUGAAAUGGGAACUCUGCCAUAGGAGGCUUGCGUCCUCAAUACUUGUUAACCUCGGAAAAUGUUUGGCGGACUCUGGUAGAGUUCGUCUAGCUCAUGAAGCACUACUGCAUAGUAUCUCUGUUUUAUUUAAAAGCAAUUGGUCCAGCCACGACCAACCUUCUGUCAGUCAGUUGCUGGAGUUUAUUGGGAAAGAAGUUACAAGGGAUGUAUUUGCUAUUGAUCGUGCAAUAAUACUAAACAACUUGUGCUGGUUAAGUUUGCGGAAUUAUCACUGCAGGGAGAGCAGGUCUAUUUGCUGUGAUCUGUCUCAUAUUCCUUUCACAAAACUGGUGUCAUGGUUAAUGUUAGCAUUUAUACUCAGCAGAGAGGUUCCAAUACUAUUUCAAAAGGUUUCAAGAUUGCUUGCUUGUUUAUAUCUGCUUUCUGCCUCAAGUGCUGAAUUCUCAUUCGAAUGUGAUGGAAAUGAGCUGUCUGCAAGUCAUUGGGUCUCAUAUUUCCAUCAAGCUUCGCUUGGUACCCAUAUUAGUUACCAAUUCAUUUCAAAUUUGAGCCGAAGGCACAAAUCACAGUGCCUAUCAGAUAAAGAGGUAACAGAACGGGGUUGUAUAGGUAUUUUCAGCUUGUCAAUUUGUGGAUUAACUCCUGUAGCCUCAAAGGUAUUUUACGUGGUUAUUAGUUUCGUUUUGGAAGUGUGUGUUGCGUCUCUAUCUGACAGCUUUAAUUUUCAGUGUACAGAGGCUACUUGCUCGAGUUGCAUGGUUCCUGACGAGUUGGACUUACCGAGGCUUGCUCCUGAGCGUACUCAAGAUCUUGUACAAUUUUCUAAAGAAUUUUUCAACAAUCUUCCAAGCUCAACAAUCAUCUGUAUUAGUUUGCUUGGAGGCGCUUUAAAUCAAUUGUUACAAGAGCUAUUGCAAAUUCGUUCACCUGUUUGUGCCUGGGUGCUCGUAUCACGCUUUAACAUGAAAAGUCAACCGGUUGCCACACUUCUGCCUGUAGAUUCGGUUCUAGAAGACAUGUCAGAUGACAGUGGAAAUCUUAGUUCUACGGAAGCAACUCAAGUCAAGAAUUUGGAGAGGCGCUGGCUUUGUCCAUGGGGUUCCACCGUGGUUGAUGAUGUAGCUCCAGCAUUUAAAUCAAUAAUGGAGGAAAGCCACACAUAUUCUGGAUUUCCAGUAGAAGACACGAAAGAGAAUAGAUGCUUGUGGUGGAAAAGGAGAAAGAAACUAGAUCAUCAUCUUGGAAAAUUCCUAAGGAGUCUAGAAGCUUCCUGGCUGGGUCCCUGGAGAUGUCUGCUUCUUGGAGACUUGUCAAACUACAAAUUGCCCGACUCUGUACAGAAAAAACUGGUAAAAGAUCUCAAGUCCAAGUGCAAAAUGGAAGUAAAUGAGAUGCUUUUGAAGAUUAUUCUUGGAGGUGGGAUUGAAAACUUUAAAGGAGAGGCAUGCGUUGCUCAGCUUUCUUUAAGAAAUGGUUGCUACGUAGGUAGAGGGGGCUAUCUUUAUGAAGAAGAUAGCUGUAAAACUCCUACUGCUGCGACUAAUAUUUCUGAAAGUAGGCAUGGGUUGGCCUUACAGCUGAUACAUGAAGCAGCAACCAAACUGGAGCAACAUGACGGCCAUGAAAAUAGAGAACCUAUCAUUCUUGUGUUAGAUCCUGAGGUUCAGAUGCUUCCUUGGGAGAAUAUUCCAAUACUAAGGAAACAGGAGGUGUACCGAAUGCCUUCUGUAGGUAGCAUAUCUGCUGUGCUAAAAAAGCGCUGUCUUCAAGGAGAGCCAGCAAGAUCUAAUGUUGCUUCCUUCCCUCUUAUUGAUCCGCUAGAUUCAUUUUACUUGUUGAAUCCCGGUGGAGAUCUCAGCGAGACACAAAUCGUGUUUGAGAGUUGGUUCAGAGAUCAAAAUUUUGAGGGGAAAGCUGGAUUAGUACCAAGUGCUGAAGAGUUGACAGAAGCAUUAAAAAAUCAUGAUCUGUUUCUUUAUUUCGGCCAUGGAAGUGGAGCACAAUAUCUGUCUAGGCAUGAAAUAGAGAAACUAGAUAACUGCUCUGCAACUUUCCUAAUGGGAUGCAGUAGCGGUUCACUAUGGCUAAAAGGCUGCUACAUCCCACAAGGCAUACCACUCUCUUACCUCUUAGCUGGAUCUCCAGCCAUUGUGGCUACUCUAUGGGACGUAACAGACCGAGACAUUGAUCGGUUUGGGAAAGCCUUGUUGGAAGCUUGGUUGAGAGAGAGGUCAGAUUCUUCUUCUUCUUCUUCAGAGGGUGGUUGCAGCCAGUGUGAGUCAUUAGCUAAUGAACUUGCAGCCAUGAAUAUAAAAGGCAACAACAACACCAAGAGGUCAAGGAAACCGUCUUCGCGUAACAAGCCAGCUCAAUCGAAUGCUGAUGGGUCAGGGAAGGUUGAGUGUAACCACAAGCAUGGGCGCAAAAUCGGUUCAUUCAUCGCUGCGGCUCGAGAAGCGUGUACAUUGCCAUACUUGAUUGGAGCUGCACCGGUGUGUUAUGGUGUACCAACUGGUAUCACAAGGAAAAAAAAGAGUUGAAGCUCUUCUUCCUUCUUCGUCUUGUUAGUUGGUUUGGACAUAUAACACAGUUUUGAAGGAUAUUUUAGUGGGAUGAAAGUCUUAAGAGUUGGGGACUUGAAAUCAGAGAUCAUAACACAACACUAGAGUUAAAAAAAGGAGACACUAGAGAUAGAUUCUAUUUAUAUAUAUCAAAUUGUAAAAAGAUUAUUAGUAAUAUCACAUGGUUUCACUU